AGUCUAAUAAAAAGUCAAAACUCCACAUAACAAACAAGUGUUUGUUCAUCCUUCAAUUUCGCAAAACUUCCAUCUGCAUAAUUUCUAUCUCUUUCUCUCCUCUGUUUUUGGUUUGUUGUUGUUCUAUCAACUCUGAUUUUCUCUCACCUCAAAAAUUUACCCUAAUUUGUUCUUUCUCCUUGAAAUCAUCCCUUCAUUUUCCCCAAACACAUAUGUCUUCUCUCUAACAUCAGAGAAACACUCAAAAAAACUGGGGAUUUUGAAGGGAUGAUUCAACAUUACCAUAAACAAUGAUCUUCUUACAAAAUUCACAUAAUGAUCAUCAUCAAAAUAAUCAUAACAUUCAAUCUUUUAGAAUUUUAGGGAUGAGUAAAUUUUGUGUUGAAAUGGGUCCAAUUUAUUUGUUGGGUAAUUGUGUUUCAUAUAAUGAAUGUCGUUUCUCUCUCCUGAGAUCGGCAUUCGAUUCUGGUUCUUCGAUUAGGUUACUCGAAGAUUGAACAAUUUUUGUUGCUUCUUUUUUAAAAGUUUUUUUCAACUAGAAUUUCCUGCAGUUUUUUUUUUUUUUUUUUUUAAUAUUGGGCAGGUAUGUCACCUGAAGAAGAAUCAGUUGUUUCAUCUGCUACUGUAAAUGGGUCAAAUGAACCCGAAUACCUGGAAAAAGAUCCGACUGGCCGAUAUGUUCGGUUUGGUGAAGUCCUCGGAAAAGGAGCAUUUAAGUCAGUUUACAGGGCAUUUGACGAAGUCAAUGGAAUUGAGGUUGCUUGGAAUCGUGUGAAGAUCCAUGAUGUUCUGCAGUCUCCGGAAGGUCUCGAGAAGCUAUAUUCUGAAGUUCAUCUUCUCAAGACAUUGAAACAUGAAAAUAUCAUUAAGCUAUAUGAUUCAUGGGUGGAUGAUAAGAAGAAAACAGUGAAUAUGAUCACUGAGCUCUUCACAUCUGGCAAUUUGAGGGAAUACCGAAAGAAGCACAAAAAUGUAGAUAUGAAGGCUGUGAAGAAUUGGGCAAGGCAGAUUCUCCGAGGUUUAGCCUAUCUUCAUAGUCAUGACCCACCAGUUAUACAUCGGGAUCUAAAAUGUGACAAUAUCUUUAUCAACGGAAAUCAUGGAGAGGUUAAAAUUGGAGAUCUGGGAUUAGCAACUGUCAUGCAACAGCCCACUGCACACAGUGUCAUCGGGACACCCGAGUUCAUGGCACCAGAGCUCUAUGAAGAAGAAUAUAACGAACUCGCUGACAUAUAUUCUUUUGGGAUGUGCAUGUUAGAGAUGGUUACUUUUGAGUAUCCGUAUAGUGAAUGCAAAAAUCCUGCUCAAAUCUUCAAAAAGGUCACCUCUGGCAUAAAGCCGGCUUGCCUUACCAAGGUGAAAGAUCCUGGAACGAAAGAGUUUAUUGAGAAGUGUUUGGUUCCUGCUUCAAAAAGAUUGCCUGCAAAGGAGCUACUCAAGGACCCUUUCCUUCAAGUGGAGAACCCAAAAGAGCCCAUACGACAUCCCAUGGAGAUACCCAACCAACUCCCUGCCCCCAGGUCUAUAGCUGCUUCAAGUUCAACGCCUCAUUCUAUGGAUCUCGAUGCUGAGUUUUGUAAACAUUACUGCCGGAGUUCGUCAGUUGGUAACAGCUCCAUCAGUCCAACUGACCAAGUUUUGGAAUUCACUAAGACUCAUAAGGGUAAUAUGUUCCAGUUGAAAGGGAAGAAAAAUCCUGAAUAUAACUCCAUAUCACUGACACUGCGCAUUUCUUACCCCUCGGGGGAGGCGAAAAAUAUUAAUUUUGUCUUCUACUUGGCGUCCGAUACCGCACUUGCAGUAGCAGCAGAGAUGGUUGAAUUGCUAGAUUUGGCUGAUCAUGAUGUGGCUUUUAUAGCUGACUUUAUUGGUUACUUAAUAAGGCAAACUGUAACAAAUUCAAAAUCAUCAUCUGCGGUUGGGAACAAAAGGGACACAGGCAUGGAAGAUGUAUUUGCUGAUGAUUCUUCUGUCAUAUUAAGCAAAGCAUUGCAAAGUCUUGACUAUUGCAUUGACGAUUGCUUCAAAGGUUUGAGUGUCAACAAACGGGGGAUGGACAUAGGAGGAUUAUACCGUGAAGAAGAGUGCAAAUUUCCAAGAAAUAAUAGCGAACUCAGUGGAUGUACUCACUUGAAUGGGAUGACUAAGAACUCUGAAUGUCCGACUUCUAUAGAGCAUGGUGAGAUGUCUGGCUUUAUGAGCUUAGCAAGCAGCUCCUCCUCAUUCGGCUUAAAUGAUGAAGAACAAGAUGCCGAUCUUAAGGCGGAGCUCGCUGCAAUCGAGUCUCAUUAUCAGCUGUGGUUCGAGGAACUUGCUAGGUUGAGGGAAGAAGCACUGGAGGCUACUAAGAAGAAAUGGAUGGUGAAGAAGAAGAUGGUUGCUACUUCAAUUUGACGAUCAAAAAAAGAUGCAUGAGAGUAAAUUUAGCUUUAGCUCUUAGAGUUCAUGUGAAUAUUGUUUCGUGGAUUUCGAUUUUUUUCUUCUUUUGGUACUUCCCAUGAAGGAUUAAUGUAGUUAUUCGAAAGCCCUCUUUAAUUUAGUUCUAAUCAACCUUUCCUAGCACAGAGUCAUCCAGUUUAUCAAAAAAUAUUUACUUGGGCUUGUUUUUGUUGCUUGGUAGAUGUUUUUUUGGUGAAAUAUUGGAGAGGAAAUGUACAUAUAUCGGGGAUUUAUUCAAUGCUAUGCAUGGCAUUUGGCAAUCCAUGUCUCAUUCUUUCGUUUUGCAUGCAAUGCUUGCGAAAGUAGAUAGAAUAAAUUGUAUUAUUAUAACCUUAAAUAGUAUGUGAGAAAAUUUUGACAUAAUUUCUUUUUAGCAACUUUAAAUAAUUACGUACAUAUGUAGUAAUAUUCAAUUGAUUAAAUAAUAUUUGUAUCAUUUUUUAAUUUAA